GAUUGUACAUUCUUCCAUGCAGACACAAUGUCGAUCUACAAGGUUUCUGUAUCUACUGGUAGACAGGUUUGUGCUGAGACAACGGACAGCAUUUAUCUGAUGCUGCUGAACUCAAAAAAUCAGAACAGCAAAAAAACCCUCGUGGAUCAAUCCUUUAUUUCUACUUUUGAAAAGGAGAUCUAUUUCGACAUCCUUGUGAAGAAGGACCUUGGAGACAUUGUCCAGGUGAAACUUGAAAAGAAGAAUCAUCUUGUCAAUAAUCCAUGGUUUUGUAAGGAUAUCAAAGUGAAAACACCCUCUGGAAAAUGCUUUGAAUUCCCCUGUUAUUGCUGGUUACUAAACGACAAUCAAGUGAUUAUCCGAGAAGGCACUGCUCGAUUGCCUCAAGAUGACAUCAUAAAGCAAAGACAAAACGAACUGGAAUCUAGACAGAAAACAUUCAGAUGGAAUGAGUGGAGCCCGGGCUUCCCUGAGAGCAUAGAUGCCAAAAUGGGUGAACUUCCUAAAGAUGUUCAGUUUGAUGAAGAAAAAGAUUCAGAUUUUAAAGGGAAUUUCUUUAAAGCGAUUCAGGCUUUAAAUAUUGACAAAGUUGAUGGUGGCUCUGACUCCUGGAAAGACAUUUCAGAUUUUAAAAAAAUACUGGCACAUUACGAUAUCAAGAACACUCUACUAGAUAACGUGAUGCAAGACUGGAAUAAGGAUUACAUGUUUGGCUAUCAGUUUUUGAACGGCUGCAAUCCUGUCAUGAUCAGGAAGUGCAUGAAACUUCCAGACAAAUUUCCAGUCACACAUGAGAUGGUUAAGGGCUGUCUGAAGAAAGGAAGCACACUACAAGAGGAAUUACAGGCAGGAAACAUCUACAUUGUGGAUUAUGAAAUACUGAAUGGAGUGCCAGCAGCCAGCAGCGAGCGCCAUUUGACUGCACCCAUCUGCCUACUGUACAAGAAUGAAUUGGACCAAAUUGUGCCAAUUGCCAUUCAGCUCAGUCAAACCCCAGGGGAAAUGAGCCCAAUCUUUCUCCCAAGAGAUAAUAAAUAUGACUGGAUGCUGGCCAAGAUGUGGGUGAGAUCUUCUGACAUCCUUGUACACCAGCUGGUCACACACCUUCUCAAGACACAUCUGUUGUCAGAGGUUUUUGAAAUGGCCAUGUACAGACAGCUCUCUGCAGUCCAUCCAGUAUACAAGUUACUGAUGCCUCAUGUUCGUUUCACAAUUGCAAUCAAUGCAGAGGCCCGUGAAAUGCUAAUUGGUGAAGACGGGGUCUUCAUCAAGGUUAGUAGCAUCAAUGGAGCUGGGAUGGGGAAACUGAUACAAAAUGCCAUGAAGACUUUAACCUACGAGUCUCUGUGCUUCCCUGAGGACAUAAAAGCUCGAGGAAUGGAAGAUGUGCCCAAAUACUAUUACAGAGAUGAUGGCAAGAUGGUCUGGGAGGCAAUACACUGCUUUGUUUCUGCUGUGGUCAAGAUCUACUAUGACAGCGAUGAGGCGGUUCAAAAAGAUGUGGAGAUUCAAGAGUUUGUUAAGGAUGUUGCCUGCUUCGGCAUGAAUAAUUCUGACAACUUUCCAAAGUCUCUUAGCUCUCGAGAGCAGUUGGUCGAGUAUCUGACUGCUGUGAUAUUCACCGCUUCAGCACAACAUGCUGCUGUCAACUUUGGACAGUUUGACUGGUAUGGCUGGAUCCCCAACAGUCCUUCCACCAUGCGCAAGCCGCCUCCCCAACAGAAGGGCCAGGUGGAUUUGAAGUAUAUCAUGGAGAGUCUGCCUGACCGUGAAUGUUCCAGCAGUGCUUUAGGAACAGUUUGGGCGCUCAGUCAGACCCAGAAAAAUGAGCUGUACUUGGGUACGUAUCCAGAUAUGUACUUCACAGAGCAACCAGCGAAGGAAGCCAUAAAGACUUUCCAGCACAAUCUAGAUGAGGUGACCAACAUCAUCAAGAGCCGGAAUGAGAAAUUAACAUUGCAUUAUUGCUAUUUGUCCCCAGACAAAAUCCCCAACAGUGUUGCAAUUUGAGAAAUUAUUUGCAGAAACAUUUUGCCGGGCAACCAUAGUGUUUACAGCCAAUGCAUGCUGGACAUAGAAAGAGAGAAGAACAGCUCUAGUCAAAAUAUAAUGUAUUGUAAAACACACUUUUUAGAAAUGAUGUUUGAUUGCUGGGAAUUAAGGGAUAUUACAUUGUAAAGCCUAAAUCAGUGCACGUAUGUAUCUUAUCUGAGAGCUGAUUGUCAGUCUGGCUCAUGCCAGGAAAGCAGAACUUCAAAGAGCACACAUAGGCUUGUGUUAUAAUCUAUUUAUUAUUGACUUUCUUGACAUUUAUUUUCUUUAUUCAUAUAAACGUGUGGAUCCAAACUAUGGUAUUCUUUUGUUCAUCUUUUGAUUCAUUCAUUUAUUCAUAUUCUUGAUUACUCAUAAUAUAUUGUUUGUGGUGUAUUUUAGAUAAUCAUUUGACUAAUUUUUACCUUAUUGAUAUCUAACAUCUGAAAUGGCUUUUGUGCUGAUUAUCUUGUUUUGCUGUUUGGAGGGAAUUUUGUUCCAGGUUUGUUUCUGUUGGUGAGGGAGGUUUUCUCUGAUAGAGCUGAUAAAGGAUAGCUGUAAUGGAUGUGAAAUAAAUGUUUUAUGAAUGCUGUAAAGGAAUUAUCUCUGACUGUACUUAAAAUGGUUGUUACGUUUGUUUCUCCCUGAGAGCUCUCAUAAUUAAAGAAUG